GGAUGGGUGGCGGCUGUCCUCCAGAGGAAGAAGGACGGAGUCUCCUUUUUCUCUUCUCCACUGAGGAGGCAGGGUCAUGCAGAUUAGUCUUCUACUGCCUCCUGUCUGUAGACUGGGGAGGCGGAGCUUGUGUGCAGACUGGGGAGGUGGAGAUAAAGCUAUGCAGAUGAGGGGUGGGGGAUAUGCAGAUGACCUAAGCAGCUGCAGGCUGGAUGCAAACCCCCCCUCGGAUUGCGGUUUGGGCUGCUGCAGCUACACCACUCCACUUCCCUCCUUGGAGUUCCUUGUCCUCUGAGGAUCUUCUUAGGGACUAGGAACCCCCAGUCCCUCCUCUAGCUCCUGUGCCAGUUGUCCGGCACCCCAAAACAAUUCUCCCCACUUCUAGACGCAUCCCCACUUGUCUCUCGGUCCUCGGGAUCUGCUUCUACCAACCUGACUCCUGGGCCCUUCUGUUCUCAUCCUGCCCCCCAUGUUCCCCUUCUUGGGUCUGCUCCAGUCAAUCCUCCGUCUCCGGUCCGCUUGGCUUCCUCACCUCGUCCCCUAGUCUUCGCAGAAAACUGAAUCUAGACGACCUUCGCCUCCUUUGGUUUGCCCCUAACCCUGCUAGCCCCAAGCCUCUCUACCCCCUCGUUCCUACUCCUUCCUUUCUGCCCUCUUCCCCUUGAAAUCACCCCGAUUUCUCGAGGAUUCCGUUUUCCUUCUUUCCUGAGCCGGAAUGCAGGUGUCCAUCGCUUGCACUGAGCAAAACCUCCGCAGCAGGAGCAGUGAGGACCGUCUGUGUGGACCCCGACCUGUCCCUGGGGGAGGGAACGGCAGUGGAGUGACCAGCAGUCACGGAAAUCCUUCAGGGGGAGGGGGAAACGGCCCCAAGGCCCGGACUGUGCCAGUCGCACGACCCCUGGGUCCUGCAGCUGUGACCCACUCGGGGCCCCUACGAGAGAGCACCGGCCGAGGCACCAGCAUGAAGUACAGGAAUUUGGGAAAGUCUGGUCUUCGAGUAUCCUGUCUUGGCCUUGGUACCUGGGUCACAUUUGGGUCUCAGAUCUCAGAUGAGAUAGCAGAGAAUCUGAUGACUGUGGCAUAUGAGCAUGGAGUAAAUCUGUUUGACACAGCUGAGGUGUAUGCAGCAGGAAAGGCAGAACGAACACUGGGCAAUAUCCUUAAGAGCAAGGGUUGGAGGAGAUCCAGCUAUAUCAUCACUACCAAAAUCUUUUGGGGAGGACAGGCAGAGACAGAAAAAGGCUUGAGCCGAAAACACAUCAUUGAGGGCUUGUGGGGCUCCUUGGAACGGCUUCAACUGGGAUAUGUAGAUAUAGUCUUCGCCAAUCGCUGGGAUCCCAACAGUCCUAUGGAGGAGAUUGUCCGGGCCAUGACUUUUGUCAUUAAUCAGGGACUGGCACUAUAUUGGGGGACAUCUCGCUGGGGAGCUGCAGAAAUCAUGGAGGCCUAUUCAGUGGCACGACAAUUCAACUUGAUUCCCCCUGCAUGUGAACAAGCUGAGUAUCACCUGUUUCAGAAGGAUAAGAUGGAAACACAGCUGCCUGAGCUCUACCACAAGAUAGGUGUUGGAUCAGUGACUUGGUCCCCUUUAGCCUAUGGUGUCAUAACUAGCAAGAACGAAGGAAGAAUCCCAGAGACCUGCCGGGGUACCAUCAAGAGCUACCAGUGGCUUAAGGACAAAGUACAGAGUGAAGAUGGCAAGAAGCAACAGGUCAAGGUCAUGGAUCUGCUCCCCAUUGCUCAUCAACUAGGCUGCACAGUGGCUCAGCUUUCUAUUGCCUGGUGUCUCCGUAGCGAGGCUGUUAGCUCUGUCCUGCUAGAGGUGUCCAACACAGAACAGCUGAUGGAAAACCUAGGGGCCCUGCAGGUUCUGGCCCAGCUGACACCCCAGAAAGUGUUGGAGAUCGACUGGCUCCUGGGAAACAAACCGCACACCAAAAAAUAGUGACAGCCCCACCCCCUCCGGCUAGGCGCAGGCGCAUUCGCAGCCAGCGCUGCCGCUCUUCCCUAACCCGCGCCAGCAGCAGCUCCAGCUCCACACAGCAGCCAGGCGGCCCCAAAAGCAAACUGAUGCUUCCCAAACUCCGACGGGAGGCCCCCGAGGAUCCCGCCUACCAAGGAAAUCCGGCUACACGCAUGAUUUUAUAAGCCAUAUUCUGCCACAGCAUGGCUGGUUAAGGAAAGUAGUUCGCCACUUCUCUAUCCUCCUGUACAGUCUUUGGCGUCUCUUCCUAACAUAUAAGCUUCUCCCGGGCAUGAGUUGGGGGAGGGAGGAGUAUCCCUUUUCUGCCCCAUCCUGCACUUUUCCUCCUUUUCCCCCGCCCCUCACCCCCAAAACUGCACAGAGGCCUUGAAAAAACCCUUCCUCAGAUAAUGAAGAUUGCAUGACGUCACCCGAGAUCGGAAGAGUUCGGCUGGCCGUACAAAAGCCAACAUAGAAUGGUUUCCAGAGAAGGGAACUCGGGGGAAAUAGACAAGUCCUUGUGCUGGGAAGUGAACGCGGUCACUUGACUUGUCCAGAGAUCCCAAACUGUAUUGUGGUGGUGCCAUCACAUUGAGACACCAUUAGAGCUGGUCACAGGAAGUCGUCAAAAGACAUCGAGAAAGCCAGUCCCUCCCUUCCGGAACAGAGCCGGUCUCCUUCAGAUAUGAAUUUAUGCACUGCCUUGUGGGGAUAUACAGGAGUCAGGCCUACAGACUUGGGAGGUGGAAUAGGGCAGGAAGUGGGCGACGAUGAUGUCACAUGGGGUACAGGUGGAAACUGACAUGGUAAACAUGGCAUCCUUUCACACUCACACUGAGGAGUGGGACUCUCAUAGAAUGGCCCCCAAGUGAUGGGUUUCCAGAAAUGGAAAGUGCUGCUUGAGUAUCAGCAGUCACAAACCUACCUUUACCUCCUCGCAGUAAUCCUAAAGCAAUAAUAAUGGGCCUUCCCAGGGAAAAUAAAGACUUAGCUUCUUCCUUUCAGAGUCUUUGAGGGAAAGGGGGGGGGAAAGUCCCAGUUCUCAAGCACCUAAGCCUGAUAUCCAUAGGUUCUCUUUUCCAAUCUUUCUGGGGGCUCUGACAUGCUAUGACAUUUCUUGGUUUUCCUUACCAUUGAAACUUCAAGGACCCCUAUAGACCCUUUUUAUCAAAGGCCCAGAGUGACACACCAGUUCCAGGUCCUUCGCAAAUCUUUGUCCUUGUAUUUCUCAGGGAGUCAGACAUCUGGUUCUAUAGGCACAUAUAAUUCAGAGGCAGAAAGGAUCAUCUUCAUUGUUCCAUCUUUUCACCCCUUUACAUUUUGACAUAGCUACAUUUGAUAGCCAAAAAACUUCUCUCCCAUCUUUUGUCCUUUCCCCGAUAACACUGGCCAUAGAAUCAUAAGUCUAAUGCUGGAAGGGAUAUCAAAAACUAUGUUAGAGAUCCCUCAUUUUAUGAGAAAUUAGCCCUAAGAAGACUAAAUGAUUGGGCCAAGGCAACAUAGCUAAUAAGGUUGAUAGUUCUUAUUCUCCAAUUUCAACAUUCUUUCCACUGUAUCACACAGUCUCCUCUGUACCACAACUUCUAGCUCCCAUGUUUUUUCCUCUUCUACCUUUUAUUGUUUUUUUUUGUGCCACCUUUCCUGAAAAUAACUCAUUUAUGUAAUGCUUUUAAGAUUUGCAAAGUAUGUUACCUGCAUUAUUUUAUUUAAUCUUCCUACCAAAACUAUGAAGUAUGUGAGGAUGAGGGAACAGGCUAAGGGAGAUUAAGUAGUAGGUCACAGAGCAGGAUUCAAACCCGAAUUUAAUGCUCUUUUCAAUAUGCACUCUUCCUACUAACCUUUCUAAUUAUAAAUGUUCUUCAAUGCUAAGUCCUAGGCACUGUUUUCUUGAGUCCCUUUUUCCUUUCUACAUUCCCUCCCUCAGAUACUAUAGAAUGAUUAUAGAAAUUAAAUCUUGAAAGGGGUCUUAGAUAAAAUCUAGACCAUUAUGACCCCUCCUUAUUUUGGAGAUAAGGAGCCGAGACCCCAAGAUUCUUGCAUUCCAAGAUCCUGACCACACACAAGUAUUCAUUCUUUCUCUCCUUCUGAAGAGGUAAUACUGAACUCUAGAUUUGGAGUCAGAGGGCCCAUAUUUGAGUAGUGUCCAUAUUACUCAAUUGUUCAAAUAAUUCCUGUUUUGAAGUCUCAGGUUUAUCUACAAAGCAAGGGAAUUAGAUAGGAUGAUUUUCAGGCUCCAAGUCCUAUGAUCCCAUCCUGUACCACUGACUUAACUAUAAGAUUCUGGGCAAAUCACUUUAUCUUCAUCUGAAAAAUGAUCCUUGGUUCUAAUAAUCUCUAAUUAGCUUUGAGCUACAAAUAUAGUGAUAAGAGUUUUAUACCCUUUCCCUCUGUGGGAUUCAGUAUCCAUUUCUUCUAAGAGUUGGAGUUAAAGAUCCAAAGUACUCUUGAAGCCCUCAGAAUAUUGCUGAGCCUGAGGUAGUUUGGGUGGGAACGAGGGGCUGGGGAGAGGAGAAGAUGUUGGAAAAUAACCAGUAACAAGUGAAGUGAAAGAUCUGAAAUUCAUGACAUAUGAAUGAAAAAACCUUGCUUUAAUGUUGCAAGGUACACUGCAGGUAUGCCAUGCUGCUAGUUAUUAGGGUACAAAAUACCCCACUCAUUAACCCAAAAGGCUAGGGAGACGCACCAAUUCAUACCUUCACAGCAUGUAUCACUGGUAUUAUUUACAAUUUACAAUUGGUUGAAGAAGGUAGACUUAGAAGACAUGGGGGAAGGGUUGCAUGAUAACUAUCUUCAAGUUAUUUAAAGGAUUGUUACUUUGGAUGAUGAUUGUUACUUAUUCUGCUUAGUCCCACAGGACAGAAAUCAGAAAAAGGGGUAGAGGUUGCAAAGACACAGAUUUAGGCUUAAUACCCACUAAUGUUAGAAAAAAGUUCUAAUAAUUAUAGCUAGUCAAAAAUGAUUUUCUUGGGAAGAAGUGGAGUCCUUGAUACUGGAAGUCUUCAAUCAAAAAUUGAUUUUAGCUAUAUUGUAGAGAAAAUUUUUGUUCAGUUACAGGUUGUGAUAUAUAGCUUCUAAGAGCCCUUCAGACUAAAUUUUUGUAGCACAAAAAGAUGAAAAGCAACUUGUGCAAGCUCAUACAUGUAACAAGUAACAGAAUCAGGAUUUUAAUCUGUCUUUUGAUACUAAAUUUAAAAUUAUUUCCACCAUCCCACCAAGUCUUUAUUCUUCCUCCUUUUUUUAUUCCUCCUCCUCCUACAAUGGUCUAUUCCAAAGGGCUAGGUGUAGUUUACAAACAGUUUUAUCAUAUUAGGAUGGAUUAAACUAAUCCUCAUCUCUGUGGAUCUGAGCAAGAAGAACACAAGAUUCAGGUACAGAGACAGACUGAAGCAGAAUAGAAAUAUUCAGAGAGAUGGUCCCUCAAAGAUAACAGAAAAUGAAAUGGGUAGAAAUACUGGAUUAAGGUGAAUGCGGAGAUCCAUGAAGAUGUUCUUGUUCAAUUGUUUUCAGUCAUGUCUGACUCUGUGACACCAUUUGGAGUUUUCUUGGCAAGAAUACUGGAGUGGUUUGCCAUUUCCUUUCCUAGCUUGUUUUACAGAUGAGGAAAUUAAGGCAAACAGAGUUAAGUAGUUUGUCCAGAGACACGUAGUAAGUGUGUGAGGCUAGAUUUGAACUCAGGAAGAUAAGUAAAUGAAUAAAGAUUUGCUAAGGUCCCUCAAGAGUGUUAAAUCACUAGGGAUAUAGAAAAUAGCAGCUAGGUGGCACAGUGGAUAGAGCACCAGCCCUGAGGUCAGGAGGACCUGAGUUCAAAUCUUAACACUUCCUAGCUGUGUGACUCUGGGCAAGUCACUUAACUCCAACUGCCUCAGCCAAAAUAAAUAAAUACUGAUUGCUUAGCUAGAAAACUAUACUGACAUUCCAAUCCCUGGUUAUUCCUAGCAGCCAUCUCCUAUUCAUCUUGGGUGUCUCACUGUAAGGACAUAAAGCACAUCGAGAGCAAUUUUUCUAAGUUAAUAUCCUAGAGCUCAUCUGUCUACAUGAAUGUUGUUACAUUCAAAGUGUUCUAUUGAGAAGCUAUACAUAUUUAUUUUAAUGAUGCUGUCAUAGCUCAGGGAAUUCCUGGAAUGCUUUUUGGUAAUCACCUGGGCCAAUUUAUGGCAUAUAUGAAUAAUCAAACUCAGCUCCCAUUCCAGGCAAACAACAUUUCCUGGCUUGAUCACAUACUUUUCUUGGCUUUAACUGACUGUUGGGCAUUUCCAAAAUUUUGAUUCAAGAGGAUAUAUUUGCUAAUACUAAGGAUGGUCACAAAAUUGUUGAAGGUUCUGGAUCUGAAAAGGAAAAGGACAUUAGAGAUUACUUAGUCCAUUUUAAUGACCAGGAAACCGAGUCUCAAACAGAUAAAUUGUAGGAAUGCUUUAAACAACUAGGAUACAUAUGGUAUUCCAAGAUGACAAUUUUGAAGGAGACAGUACUUACUUACACAUAUAACUUCUGGCUUGGUUUAUCUAAAACUAUCUCAUUACCGUUAUAGCCAUAUCUCAUAUUAGAAAUAAUCCUUGCUCUCUAAGAAUUAACAGGUUAAUUGGGAAGAAGAUUUACACAUAUGACACUUUGUUGACUCUCAUGUGAUACUUGGGGCACUCUAGUAAUGGUGUGCCAUCUUCCUGAAGAUGGAAGGCAGAGGAUGACUGCAAGUCUUUGAAUCAUUAUCCAUCAAGUGGCUGUAAUAUCUGAAUUACCCACCAGGAAGUGUAUCUCUUGAUACACUUGCCCAAUUUCUGUCUCAAUUCUUUAGUGAGUUAUGUGGGAACAGGCCCCUAAAAGGUAGCAGUGUUCUGCCUGGUCACUACCAGAAACUAUUUAAGCUUAACUCAGGCAUGUUACUCAACAAUAUUUUAUUGCUCACAAUAUCAAAGCUCUAAAAUCCACUUCUCUAGAGUCUCUACCUCUACGUAGAUUCUUCUAUAGUCAUAACCCAGGACCACUAUUAUUCACAAGACUGAUAUAGUCAAAUAUCAUGCCCUCAAAAUUUGAUGGAAAUAGCAGAAACAGAAAUAAAAAGAUAAUGCACUCCUGCAAGGGGUCAUUUUCCUUUCAGCCAUUUCCCAAAGCCUUCUUAAAAAUAUAUUCCCACAUCAAGUAUGUCAAUAUAGCCAUCCAAGGAUUAUUUAGGGAAUAAGAUGGAGGAUGAAUCCAAAACAGAGACUGGUUCUCAAGUAGGAUUUGAGAGGCAAAAUGAAUUUCAUCAGCCCCAUCUACCAAAGGAAUCUCCACUAUGAUUAAUUAGUUGACAAGUCAUCCAGUCUCUAUUACUUAAAGCCCUCCCAAGGAAGGGGAAAACAUCCCCUUUCUAGACUACCUCUUCCACUUUGAGAUGCUAUAAUUAUUAGGAAGUUUUUCCCAAUAUGGAGCCUAAACUAGCCUUCUGGAAAUUUCUGCCCAAUGCUCCUGGUCCAACCCUCAGGAAAGAAAAGAAUUGAUUCCUAUUUACAUGUCAACCCUUUAAAUACAGUUAUGUCACCCUGAGUGUUUUUCCCCAGAAUAAAUGUGUCCAGUUUUUUCAACCAA